CUGAGCCGCCCGCCGCGCGCCAUGCGGAGAGCCGCGGGCAUGGAGGACCUCGCGGAGGACGAGGAGCCCUGGUACGACCCGCAGGACCUGGAGCAGGACUUGCACUUGGCCGCAGAGCUGGGGAAGACACUGCUGGAGAGGAACAAGGAGCUGGAGGAGUCCCUGCAGCAGAUGUACUCCACCAACGAGGAGCAAGUGCAGGAGAUCGAGUACCUGACCAAGCAGCUGGACACUCUGCGGUGUGUGAACGAGCAGCACGCCAAAGUGUAUGAGCAGCUGGACCUGACGGCCCGAGACCUGGAGCUGACCAACCAGAAGCUGGUGCUGGAGAGCAAGGCUGCCCAGCAGAAGAUCCACGGGCUAUCAGAGACCAUUGAGCGCCUCCAGGCCCAGGUGGAGGAGCUGCAGGCUCAGGUGGAGCAGCUGCGGGGCCUGGAGCAGCUGCGGGUGCGCCGGGAGAAGCGGGAGCGCAGGCGCACCAUCCACACCUUCCCCUGCCUCAAGGAGCUGUGCACCAGCCCCAGGUGUGAGGAUGCCUUCCGCUUGCAUAGCUCCUCCCUGGAGCUGGGCCCGCAGCCCCUGGAGCAGGAGAACGAGCGGCUGCAGACGCUGGUGGGUGUGCUGCGUUCCCAGGUGAGCCAGGAGCGCCAGCGCAAGGAGCGGGCGGAGCACGAGUACACAGUGGUGCUGCAGGAGUGCUCGGAGCUGGAGCGGCAGCUCUGCCAGAUGGAGGGCUGCCGCCUGCGCGUGCAGGAGCUGGAGGCCGAGCUGCUGGAGCUGCAGCAGAUGAAGCAGGCGAAGACCUACCUGCUGGGCCGGGAGGACCACCUGGCCGAGGCCCUGCUGGCACCCCUCACCCAGGCCCCUGAGGCUGACGACCCCCAACCCGGCAGUGGGGAUGACUCAGGCAUCCAGGACUGUGUCUCUUCUCCAGCCACCUCCCCCAGCCACGCCGUGCGCAAGAGCUGCAGCGACACGGCACUCAAUGCCAUCGUGGCCAAGGACCCUGCCAGCCGGCACGCGGGUAACCUCACACUGCAUGCCAACAGCGUGCGCCGGCGCGGCAUGUCCAUCCUGCGCGAGGUGGACGAGCAGUACCAUGCGCUGCUGGAGAAGUACGAGGAGCUGCUGAGCAAGUGCCGGCAGCACGGGGCUGGGGUGAGGCACGCCGGCGUGCAGACCUCCAGGCCCAUCUCCCGGGACAGCUCGUGGAAGGACCUGCUGGGGGGCGAGGAGGGCCAGGGGGAGGCCAAGGCAGGAGAGAAGACCCUGAGCCUGCAUGUGGAGGCAGUGGACAAGCGGUUGGAGCAGAGCCAGCCUGAGUACAAGGCGCUCUUCAAGGAGAUCUUCUCCAGGAUCCAGAAGACCAAGGCGGACAUCAAUGCCACCAAAGUGAAGACACACAGUAGCAAGUGACCCUCUCCCGCCCCAGCCCUGGGGUCAGGCCUGGGUCUCUCAAGCCCAGGCCUCACAGCCUCUAAGUGAGGGGCCCUUUGGCAGCAAUAUAUCCCCAUGGCCACCACUCCCACCCAAGGAGCAGCAGCGUGUGGGGGCGCACCCUGUUCCCUGCUAACAUGGAGGUGGUCAACAGGCCCCCACCCAGGAGCCUCCACCAUCCCCAGUCAGCCCAGAGGCGCAGCUUCUAGUUUCAAAGCCAAACGCCCCCAACCCCAGCUCCUCCAGCCCUGGCUUCCUGCCCCUGGACCUUGCUCCCAACUUUGUGGCCAGGCCUCUGGAAGCCAUCCUGGACCAGUUGGAUUUUUUUGUUAAAGUUUAGGUUUAGGGGGUACCUUCCUGGAGCCCCACCCAGCUCUCCAGGCCACACUGUGAAGAGAGCUGGCAUUUGAGAGAUUUGCAAUGCAAGGUCUCCCUGACCCCUUGCCACCACUGGAAACACUUGAAAGGGGACCCCAGAGUCAGCUGUUGCAGGUUCCAGGGUCCCCCGGACCACCCACUGCUUCUGCCCAACCUCAAUGGGCUAGUCCCUUAGCACCAGCUGUCCGACCCCCAGUGUCCUGACCAGGUCAGAGACGGGCCCUGCCACUCAGAGCAGGGAGACUCAGCCAGGUCCUGGUGAGGACCAGCUUCUCCCCUGAACCCUCAGGCCAGAACUGUAGCCAAUCAGAGGAGGGGAACAGGGAGCCCCUCCGCAGCCAUACACAAGCCGUACACCCAGUUUUCCUCAGAACCAGCCUUCUCCAGUACCAGUUGUCCCUGGAAAUGCCUUCUGGGCGUUAAGCCUUCUAGGGGUCUGGGUACUGGGGAGCCCCCAUCUCUGCAAACCACUGAGUGGCUUCUGACUCACCCCACUUGACCUCUGCCUGCCCCAUCUCAGGGACCAUGACGUCUCAUUCACUCCCAAGCCCCCUACAGGCCCACCCCCCGCCAGCCACACCCGCUGCCACCCCCAGCACCCUGGGCAUGUGCCACCAGCCAGCAGUCCCAGGUCUCCCCUGCCCCCCUUCACUGGGGACUGCCCAAGAUUCUCUCCCCACACUGAACAGUAUUGAAAUGCAAUGGGAUGAACACCAGGUCUCUCCCUGCCUGCUCUUAACCUCCCACCUCUGUGGGGGGACUUCUGAGGACCCAGCCGAGUCAGUGGUUUAAGGCUUCAAUAAGACCGGCCACAGCAAGAGAUGCCCAGGUCCCCAGUCUGCCCUGAGCAAUUCUUCCGGGUUUCCAGUUUCUCCUGCUGCCCAUCCUGAGACCCCAGAAAUCACAGGAACCAUCCAGUCCGGUGCGAGGCCCUGGCCUCAGUGCUAGGGCCCAGUGGGGAACCUUCAUGCCUUAUUCCUUCCUAAUGGGUAAAUGGGUUUUCUUAACAAGCAUGCCGGACCUUCCUGGAGCCCCACCUAGCUCUCCAGGCCACACUGUGAAGAGAGCUGGCAGCCGGCCCCUUGUUCACACAUCGUGAACCCUCCUGUACUUUGGAGCUGGGCAGCUGCCAGCCCUCCGUGUGUCUCUGUCAUCUGGGGUGGAGGGGGUGGGGUG